CAGGAGUCAGUUUUCCCUGGAGCCGAUUAGAAAGUUUCCCUCGGCCUGUCUGUGCAGAAUCUGCAGGGGAAGGGGGCUGGCGGCGGCUCUGUUUUUGUUUCUCCUCCAAAAUGCCGUUUCAAUGAAACCGCCAGGAGGUUCCAUUGUAUGGAGAUGUGAGGAAGGAGGGAAACAAGGCAGUCCCUUCUGUGCGCAGACUUCUUCCUCGCCCGUCGCAGCGGAGUGCACUGGGUCUCCCCAGUGGCAUGUGCUUCACUGCCCGGAAUACUAUGUCACAGUACUCCACCAAUUUCCUCCUGGUUCCCAUCCCCGAAUAUCCCGUCCUGGACUGUGCACCCAACAAAAUCAUCAAGCUGGUCGUCCUGGGAGGCAGCGGCGUUGGCAAGACCGCCCUCAUUGUGCGCUUUCUCACAAAGAGAUUUAUCGGAGACUACGAGGCCAACACUGGCGCUCUGUAUUCCAGAAAACUCACCAUCGAUGGAGAGCAGAUCUCCCUUCAAGUGCAGGACACGCCCUUCGUUUCGCUGGAGGACGAGAAUGAGGUGAUCUGCUGCCAGGAGCAGAUAAACCGCUCCAUCUACUGGGCAGACGGCUUCGUCUUCGUCUACUCCAUCACAGACUACGAGAGCUACCGCGUCAUCCGGCCCUUGCACCAGCACAUCCGGAAGAUCCACCCCAACGCCAACAUCCCGCUGCUGCUCAUGGCCAACAAGGGGGACCUGCUCCGAGCCCGCCAGGUGUCCACCAAAGACGGCUGCCAGCUGGCCAGCGAGCUGGGCUGCACGUACUCCGAAGUGUCUGCCCGGGAGAACUGUGACGGUGUCCGCGAGGCCUUCACGCAGCUGUGCCAGGAGAUGAGCCGGAUGAUAGCCGGCUGCAAUGGGGAGAAGCGCAGGGGGCUCCACCUGGUCCGCCCCAAAUCCCCCAACAUGCAGGAUUUGAAACGGAGGCUCAAGCAAGCCCUGUCUUCGAAAGGAAAAGCGGCCACGAUGCUCUGAUGGAGCUGGGGAAGACAACGCGGACAACUGAUAUAAUUUAUACCUAGGUAUGGCCUUCCUUUGCCAGCAACCUUUUUGGGUGAAAGAAUUCCAUUCUGAAAAGGAGGCCAUGACCAGUUCUGGAUCCUGGACCUUUUGGUUUUAAAAAGAUCACUGAGAAUGAAGAUGGGCACAUGAAGAGAAAAAGAGAAACUUGAAAGGGGACAAGGUUCAUCCACAGCAUAAGCUCAGUUUCCUAACCAGCAUGAAGACAGACAUUCUUACCAGCAAAUCAAACGCUGGUUCAGCUGUCUGUCUUCCUUAUUUUCCAUGUUUCAGGCAAGCUUUCUAGAUUCCCCCUGCCUCUAAUUUUUAAGCACCCGAUAUUCAUGUUUACAAUUGUAUUUUGCCUUGCUAUGAAAAAUAAACAUCA